AUGAAUAUGAUACUUAAUAUAAGUCGAGAAACGUCCGUCUUUAACGAUUUACCGUCGCAGCCUUCGGAUUCAGAAAUAAUAAGUCCAAUGCAAGCAACUUCUGAAGACGAAGAAGAUCUAUCUGAAUACAAAUUCCAGAAAUUUGCCGCAACAUAUUUCCAAGGAAACGUUGGACACCAGUAUUCCAGGAAACCUUUGAAGCAUUCCCUAUUACCUCUACACACACAAGGUGAUCAAUUGGCUGCUCAAGCACUUUGGAUAACGAUUCUUCGUUUCACUGGCGAUCUUCCCGAGCCCCGUUACUCAACAAUGGAUCGCGAUAACACAUCCGUAAUGUCAAAAGUAACUGCAACACUUGGUCGUAAUUUUAUUCGUAGCAAAGAGUUCCAGGAAGCACAACUAAUGGGGCUCGAACCGGAGUCUUAUCUUAAACAGAAACCCCGAUCCAUUAGACACAAGUUGGUAUCUUUAACGCUCAAACGAAAAAACAAACUUGGUGAAGACGUCCGCAAAAAAUUACAAGACGAAGAAUACACAGCUGACAGUUAUCAUUCCCUAUACACGGGUNUGAUGGAUGCCAUAUCUCAAUGUGAACAGUAUGCAAAAGAACAGGGUGCUCAAGAAAGAAACGCCCCUUGGAGACUAUUCUUUAGAAAAGAAAUAUUUGCGCCAUGGCAUGAUCCUUCCGAAGAUCAAGUGGCAACAAAUCUAAUUUACCAACAAGUCGUGAGAGGGGUAAAAUUUGGAGAAUAUCGUUGCGAUAAGGAAGAAGAUUUAGCCAUGAUUGCGGCACAACAAUACUAUAUUGAAUAUGGAUUGGAUAUGAAUUCAGAAAGACUUCUUACGUUAUUACCAAACUAUAUUCCGGACUACUGUUUAACAGGUAUAGAAAAAGCAGUCGAUCGCUGGGGAAACCUUGUGGUUCAAGCUUAUAGGAAAAGUUACUAUUUAAAAGAAAAAGCUCAGUCUUUAAAAGUGAAAGAAGACAUUGUAAGUUACGCAAAAUUUAAAUGGCCCCUCCUUUUCUCUCGCUUUUAUGAAGCCUAUCGCAACUCUGGUCCAAAUCUUCCCAAAAAUGAUGUAAUAAUCGCUGUAAAUUGGACAGGUGUUUACGUUGUCGACGAUCAAGAACAAGUCCUACUUGAACUUUCAUUCCCGGAAAUCACAACAGUUUCCAGUCAAAAAACUAACAAGGUUUUCACUCAAACGUUUAGUCUUAGCACUGUUAGGGGAGAGGAAUUUACCUUCCAAAGUCCUAACGCAGAAGACAUUAGAGAUUUGGUGGUUUAUUUUUUAGAAGGUUUAAAAAAAAGAUCAAAGUUCGUUAUUGCAUUGCAAAAUUACAAAGCUCCAGGGGAAGGUUCCAGCUUUCUAACUUUCCAAAAAGGCGAUCUCAUCAUCCUGGAAGAGGACAGCACGGGAGAGACUGUCUUAAAUUCUGGCUGGUGUGUAGGACGAUGUGAGAGAACACAAGAAAAGGGAGACUUUCCUGCAGAAACAGUUUAUGUUUUACCCUGUAUGUCUAAACCUCCCUCUGACAUAUUGCAGCUAUUUAGUGUAGAAGGUGCGGAUCACGGAAGAAAAAUAAGUCAUCAUUCUCUAAAUGGAGUGGACCCUCGUGAUAAGCCUCACACUCUAGCAGAUUAUGCAAUCGAUCAUUUUCGACCUCCACUGAAACGAACUAUGUCGAAAUCCCUAACCCUGACAUCAAGAAGGGGCUAUGAUGAUUUAUGGCGACAUUCCCGCGAACCGAUUAAACAACCUUUACUAAAAAAGCUUCUUUCCAAGGAGGAAUUGGCAGACGAGGCUUGCUUUGCUUUCAGCGCCAUAUUGAAGUACAUGGGAGACUUACCAUCUAAACGUCCCAGGUCCGGAAACGAGUACACAGAUCACAUUUUUGAUGGCCCUUUGAAACACGAGAUAUUACGGGACGAAAUCUAUUGUCAAAUAAUGAAGCAAUUAACAGACAACCAUCACAGAUUGUCAGAAGAACGGGGUUGGGAACUGAUGUGGCUGGCAACAGGCUUGUUUACCUGCUCACAAAGUUUAUUAAAAGAAUUGACUUUGUUUUUGAGAACUAGAAGGCACCCCAUAGCUCAAGACUCGCUUCAGAGAUUACAAAAGACAUUAAGGAAUGGUCAAAGAAAAUAUCCUCCCCACCAAGUAGAGGUAGAAGCUAUACAACAUAAGACAACACAGAUAUUCCAUAAAGUCUAUUUUCCUGAUGAUACUGACGAAGCAUUCGAAGUCGAUUCUAGCACAAGGGCCAAAGAUUUCUGUCACAACAUCAGCCAAAGACUGAAUCUUAAAUCGAGCGAGGGCUUUAGUUUAUUUGUUAAAAUUGCAGAUAAGGUAAUAUCAGUACCGGAAGGAGACUUCUUUUUUGACUUUGUUCGUCAUUUAACCGAUUGGAUUCGUAAAGCAAGGCCUGUACGAGAUGGUAUAAUACCACAAUUUUCGUAUCAAGUAUUCUUCAUGAAGAAAUUAUGGACGAAUACGGUACCCGGAAAAGAUAGAAAUGCUGACCUUAUAUUUCAUUUUCAUCAAGAACUACCAAAACUGAUAAGGGGAUAUCACAAAUGUACAAAAGAAGAGGCUGCUAAACUUGCAGCACUUGUAUAUAGAGUUCGAUUUGGGGAAAGUAAACAAGAACUACAAGCCAUACCGUAAGUAAUUUUUAAGAUAACACGUCAUUCGUCAUAAUUAACCCAGAGAGACAGAAAACGCGGUAAUUUAAUAAUUUAAAUGGCUCAAAUGGUGACAA